AUGAUUCGCCCGGCCACGCCAGGUACGCUUCUUACUCUGGCGGCCGCCGUUCUGCUCGGCCUGGUUACCAUCUCAACCCCCAUCAUCAAGUCUAUCUACUUUCUCGAGGCAACCAUCGGUGGCAAUGGCCCCCAAAGCGGCCAGGUUGCCCGCCUUGGCACACUAGGCUACUGUCUCGGUAACACCUGCAACGAUCCUACGCUUGGCUAUUCAUUCGAUCCCAACCAGCUUCUCGGAAUCCAGGUUGUCGGCAGCAGAUACACCUCGGCUGUUAUCAAGGGCCUCACCUAUACUCUUAUCCUCCACCCAAUCGCCCUCGCCUUUGCCGUCGUCUCUGUGCUUUUGGGUCUCAUCUCGCACUGUCGCGAAUUCUCCACCAACUGCUUUGGCAGCUUCGUCACGGGCAUCGGUGCCUUCAUCGCCCUCGUUGCCUUUGGCCUCGACCUCGCGCUUUUCAUCAUCGCCAAGAAGCGCAUUGAUUCGAUCAAUGGUGCCUCUGCUUCGCUCGGCAUGGCCAUCUGGAUGACGCUGGCAGCAUGGAUUCUUAUGUUCCUCGCAGGCUGUGCUUUCAGCUGCGGCAUCUGCAGUCGAAGAAGGCGCAACCGCGUCAAGGACUCGCAUCUCGACAAUGCCUACGGCGCGCGCCCCAAUGCGCCAGUGCGAGACAAUUACAGCUCACAGAUGCGUAUGGAUGCCCUUGAUGCAGAGGCUGACAGAAAACACAGACAGGCCACGCUCGACCGAAACACAAGACGCCAAGAUCUGCCCAAGUUUGCCGAGUAUGAGACCGAACACGAGGUGCCGCUCAAGAAUGACUAUGACAAUGGUGUCUACGCGGAAGGAGCCAGCCAUAGCCAACCCGGUCUUGCCUACUCAACCAACGGCGAUUUCGCCCGCACAGGUAGCACUUGCGCCGCUGCCAUAACUGGCGGCUCGGUCAUCAACGGCGUCGGUCAAGGUUAUGGUAGAAGACAGGCACAAGCAAGUCGCACCGAAGAUUUUUCCAACUCGCCGCCCAUGCUCAACAAUUCCGCUGGCUACGGAGCACACAACUUGAGCGCCCAGAGACAGAACAGCGCCCAUUCUGCUGCUGCCGGCGGCGGCGGCAUGUCGACGAGUCACAGCGACGCAACCUACCUCCCUGGCGUCGGGCCUCAACCGUUCCGCGAGGAUUCGCUCACGCCUGCACCACGACCGUACCCUCAAGUUUCAUCGCCUCCGCCUAUGCCCGAUUUCCCACAGCACAGCCAGUACUCGUCUCAAACUCAGCAGCAGCCGCAGUACGACGAAUACGGUAAUAUGAUUGCAUCGAGCGGUAGCAACUUCCGUCGUCAGCCCACGAGCGAUUAUGGCCAUGCCGCCGAGUACUCGGGGGCUACAUUUGGUCCAUCCGGGUCUGGCUUUGUGCAGCGCUACAACGAUCCGGCAGCUACUUCUGGAGGCUCGCGUGUGAUGGGGUCGCGGACUCUGCCGCCCAUCCCACAACAUGGCGUUGCUGAGCCGCACGAGAUCGUCUAUGACGGUAGUUCCGCGCCUGCCGAUCGACGUCAAGGCACCAUCGACGACGGCUUUGGUCUGGCAUCUGUCACACCCAGCUCCUCGCAACAACCACUCGAGACAACACACGAAUCUGGUUACAACCACUACGCCUCGUCCGCAUACGACCAUCAGACACAACAGCAGCAGCAUCAACAGUACCACUCUUCCUAUCCAUCCGUAGGCAACAUGAGUCAGUACCCUGAUCAUCGUGGCGAACCGUCUUCGUCUACCAUGGUCCCAGGGCAAGGAUACCCCAACGUGGAAGGGAACCAGUACGAUGACUACCAGAGCAGCGCCGGUCCGCCUGGCUAUGACAGUGUAGCGGGUAGCGCCUCAGGCACGGCAUACCAGCACAACCACUAUCCGCACGAGAAGGCCUGA